AAGAACCUUGGAGUCACCCUGGACCCCUGCCUCUCUUAUUCCCAGCACAUCUCCACUCUGGCACGCACUUGCCGAUUCUUCCUGAGCAACAUCCGAAGAAUCCGACCCUUCCUCACCAACUAUGCUACCCAGCUCCUGGUCCAGGCCCUGGUACUCUCCCGCCUAGACUACUGCAACUCCCUCCUGGCUGGCCUCCCUGCGUCCGCCACCCGUCCGCUCCAGCUCAUCCAGAACUCUGCUGCCCGCCUAGUGUUCUCUCUGCCUCGCUUCGCCCACGCUACUCCACUACUCCGCUCGCUCCACUGGCUCCCGAUCACCGCUCGCAUCCAGUUCAAGACUCUUGUACUAGCCUACAGAUGCCUUGACCAGUCUGCACCCAGCUACCUCCAGACCCUCAUCUCUCCCUACACCCCCACUCGACCUCUCCGCUCCGCCUGCACUAGAAGACUAGCUCUACCACCGCUACGCUCCUCUGCCUCCAAAGCCCGCUCCUUCUCCACCCUUGCUCCGCAGUGGUGGAAUGACCUUCCUACAGAUGUCAGGACUGCCCAGUCCCUGACCACAUUCCGGCGCCUCCUUAAGACUCACCUCUUCAAAGAGCACCUGUAGAACUCCUCUGUUUGUAUCCUGGGACACUAUCACCCUUCAUGUAAAUGUGCUUUAUUUUGCUCUUAUCAGCCCCUAUUUUACUGCAUUUAAUCCUGUACUUCAGAAUACUGUAAGCUGCCAAGUUUUUAACCUGUAGUACUUUGUAUUUAAUCACAUCCUGAUGUAACUAUCACUAUUUAAUCAUAUCCUGAUGUAACUAUCACUAUUACCUGCUGU